AUGACCCAUUCAGAGGGUAAAAAUUUGGAGGCGGGGGGUUGGUGUUAAUUAAUGAGGAUUGAUACUUAAUCUUGUCUUUAAUGUUCAGAUUCAUGUAGCAGUUGCUAUAAUACUAGCGAAUCUGCAUGUAUUACUUGUAAGGAUAGCCUAUUUAAGAGCUCUGAUGAUAGUUCUACAUGCGUACAAAAAUGUUCAAAAGAUGAAUUUUUAAAUGAAAAUUUAGAAUGUGUGAAAUGCUAAAUCUACGGAUGUGUUAGAUGUAAUACAAACUAAAUAUGUGACUAAUGCGAUCAAAACUUUAAACUGGAUAUAGCUAAUAAUCAAUGCAUUUUAAUGAAUAAUGUUUGCCCAUUUUUAAUAGACUUUAUUUCUGGACCAUCAAACCUCAAAUAAUGCAAUAAUGAAUGUCCUUAAAGCUUUUAUCAAAAUAUGGAAGCACAAAUUUGUGAAGAGACUGUGAAAUGUAUUUAAAUUGAAGAAAGCUAAAAGCUUUCUUUCACUUAGAGGGUUAUAGAAGUAUAACCAAUUAACGAGGAUCAAUAUCUAGUUGUAGGAAAUGCUUGCACUUUUGCUCUAUUAGAUAAUAACUGGAAGGUUAUUAAUAUAUAAAUCCUUUAAAAUAUAACAGACUAUGAUUAUAUAUAUACUAAUAAUGGAAAUGAAAUAACUAAAGAGAGUUUUGUUAUUGGAAAUUAAGGAGGAUGCCUUGCAGGUAGCAAAUUAUUGGUUAUGAAUUUUUAAACAUUUGAAAUUGUAUUUGAGAGUAAUAUUGAUUUUGAUUAUAUUGUUGUUUAUGUAGAUUAAAAAAACGGAAUUAUUUUUUUACAAUCAAAUUAUAUUGAUACUCUUUUAUGGUAUGAUGUUAUUAACAAGAGAUUAAGCUCAUAUCAAAUAGGCUAUUCAAAAAUUACUUAAAUUUUUUAAAUUCAAAGCAAUAAUACCACAAAUUACUUAAUAUAAAUUGAAGACUUAUCGCUUUAAGUAAAUUUCAAAUAUUAUUGA